GACACAAAGAUCGGGAGCACAGGGGUAAUUAGAGUACAGGUGGCGCUCAGGUGGAAAUUUCCGCGGGAUCGAAUGAUAUGUUAGAUGUUUCAAGUAUGUGUCCCCACUAAUCAUCCUAAGAUCCACGCGUGUUCUGUAUACAAAUCCGCUGCCGCCUCUCUUAGUCUGGUGAUCACAGCGUGCUCUGUAGUUGCGGUAGCUGCAAGUCCUAGAAGUCGGGCGUUAGACCAGCUGAUCGAGACUCCAUGUGUCAUUAAAUGAUGAUCAUAUCGAUCUAAUAACACAUGGCGUCUCGAGCUGAUGCUGCCACUCUCGAAGACAACCAUAAACGCGAGAAAAUAGAACCACUCACCUUUCCCCACAACCUGGGUCGCGACAGUCCUUUCUCCUCUUGUCCACUUUGUUCAACCGGGGUGGACUUACUCGCGCUGAUGACCUCAGCUUUGAGCCUCUUGGCGCUGAGGAAGCAGACUGAAUGUAACGAUGCCACGACGGACCCGGCGGGCACUGAGGAGCGAACGGAAUGGAAGCUAGCAACGCCUGCAGAACAGGGCCAACGUUCCACGCCCGAGCCACCACUAGGUCCCGACCUGGAUAAGAGCGACCACCGAUACUCUGAAAAGGACAUGAUUACAACCGACCGAGGAGAUGCUGAGGAGGUACAGGGCGGAGAGAAGUCAAGCACCCGAGAGCCCCGGCGAAUGUGGCCACCAAACGCACUCAAAGAGGGUCGGAUGGACCCAGGUCCUGUCCACUGUACCGUCCACGCCGCGAGCGACGCCCAGGAAGGGCAGCAGCUAUACCUAAGCGCAAUUGAGAGAAAGCCAGUGGUCUGGCAUAUACGGAGCACUAUGAGCAAGAAACGUACCAUGUGGCGUCAAACUGGCAAGACCAAUGCUGGUGGCGAAAAUAACAAGGAUACCAUCAAGAUUGCAUUGGGAUGCUUCCAAGUCGCACGCCACAUAUCUUGCUGGAACGUCCGGAAUGAGGCAGGAAGACAAGGAGCUGUGAAGAUGAGAGAGAAGAAGAACCGGAUGAGAGAGUGA